AUGGAGAUGAACUACGAUGAAGGGACUCUUCGUCAGAUCGAGCAGGAGCUCGGAACAGUGAUCUACCCAGGCACAGAGAUCAUGGCCGAUGUAGGCUCCCACCAUUUCGUGAAAUCGUCCUCGAAAUCCGAUCGAGUCUUGGUCCCUCAGCCAUCGCAAGACCCGCAUGAUCCUUUGAAUUGGAGCCGGUUUUGGAAGAUGAGCGCCAUGACAAUUUCAACUUUGACAUCCUUCAGUCAAGGUCUCGGUCCUUUGGCGUUGGCACCUAUGUUUCCGCAACUGAUGAAGGCUUUCCAGUCGGAUUUGGCUGCCGUGGUGCAAUUCACAGGCGUGUGCAUCUUGGUUCUAGGGUUCAGUAACUUCUUCUGGAUACCCAUUCAGACCUCUUAUGGACGCCGACCCGUCCUGAUCUUCUCGACGUUGAUUUGUUUAGUCAGUAAUAUCUGGCGAGCGAAAGCAACCAGUUAUGGAAGCUACAUGGGGGCCUGCGUGCUUAAUGGAUUCGGCGCUGGUCCGGCAGAGACAUCCCAGCCGGAGAUCAUUGCAGACAUCAUGUUCCUGCAUGAGCGCGGUGCUUAUAACACAAUGUAUUUCACUGCCUACUUUGGGGCUCUCAUGGUCGGCCCAAUCAUCGCCGGUCCAAUGGCUGAGCACAGUGGGUGGCGGAGCUUCUUUUGGUUGAACGUUGGCAUUCUCGGAUUAGUCCUCGUGCUCCAGAUAUUCCUCUUCCCUGAAACAAAGUGGCAUCGCGUCCAUCCGGAUGAGCUUGUCGGGGCCGAAACUUGCAGGCCGGCUAGCAAUGACUCUGAGAUAGAGAAGCCGGUUGAAUUCGCACAGCAAGAGAUUGCGGAAAAUGGCGAGCGCGAUCCUUAUCUGCACAAGGGCAUCCCCUCAAAGAAGCAAUUCCUGCUUUGGCAGCUCGAUGGAAGCAGUAUCAAGACCGUGCUUCUCAGUUUCUAUAUUCCCUGGAAACUGCUGACCUUUCCCAUUGUCGAGCUGGCUGCUUUCGUCGUGUCAUGGUCAGCCAGUUGUUUCCUCACCUUGAAUCUCACGCAGAGCCAGGCAUUUGCAGAACCGCCGUACAAUUUCAACAGCCAGACGAUUGGCUUUUUCAAUUUCGCGAUUCUCAUCGGAGCUUUUAUCGGACUGGCUACUAAUGGUCUGCUGUCGGAUUGGGUCUCCAUGAAAGCCACUCGGAAGAAUCGCGGGAUUCGAGAACCGGAAAUGCGUCUGCCGGCGAUGAUUCCCUAUGUUAUCAUUUCAAUCAUUGGCAAUUUUAUCGUUGCGUUCGGGUAUCAGUACAAAUGGGAUUGGAAGAUUAUUGUGAUCAUCGGAUACACUGCAGCUGGAAUCCAGGUCGCUGCUCUUCCGGCGAUUACUAGUACCUAUGCAGUUGACAGCUAUAAGCCCGUGGCAGGCUCAAUCAUGGUAUCCAUCACUGUCAACAAAAAUCUUUGGGGCUAUGGCUUCAGCAAGUUUAUCACUCCAUGGGUAGAACAAAGCGGGUUUGUCAAACCUAUCAUGUUGAACAUGACCUUGGCAACAUUGUGGUGCCUCUGCGCCAUCCCCUUCUACUUCUAUGGCAAGAAGUUCAGAGGAUGGACCGCCAAGUCUUCUGUGCAUAAGAUGUAG